UAAUAAGCUGAAGCUGAAUAAGAGGUAAUGUAAUACUAGUGAAACAAAAAAAAACUGAUUUAAAACCGUUGCUUUGCUAUUCCUAGAUCCACAAACGUUUCCAAAGUGGAAGACUGUUCUCCAAACAAUGUUGCAGAUAAAAAUUGCCUGCACAACUGUCCCGUAUUGACUCCACACAGUUUUAUACACGCAAGUGUUUUAUUGUUCUCUAUUUAUUUUAUUUUAUUUUAUUUUGAUCUAUGUAUUAUAGAAGGAAACGCUAAAUGACAUGUAAGAGGAAAUGGUAGUCACUUAUGAAUGGAUUGGUCAGAUGAAAGACAAUCCAGAGUGGAAAGUUGGUGGAUUCAAAGAUUGCAACGGUUGUCGAGAUGUUAUCUCCUCUCACAUGCGAAUCGUUACAAAAAAACGGUGUUGCUGUAGUCCUGCUCAACGAGCUGUUGGUUUUAAAAUCGCAGCACACCAAGUUGUUUUUCGACUUUUGUGAUUUGAAUUGUUUGGGUGAAAGUGCCACCGAUACUUUCGAUGCAACAUUUAUUAACGGGGAUCCGGCACCGAAGACUGAUUUGAUUUUUCAUCUGAAACGGUUUGGCAUAAGUGAACUUAGGGUAAAACAGCCUUUGGUUGUCGAAGCUCUGCUAGCCAAAAAGGACUGUCUUGCUUUAAUGCCCACUGGUGAAGGGAAAUCCUUGUGGUUUCAAUUACCUGCGAUUGUCGACUCUGGGGUCACGGUGGUAAUUUCUCCGUUGAUUUCCUUGAUGGUUGAUCAAGUGUUUCAUUUGAAGAAACUGGGGGUAAUUUACAUCAAACUACUGUAUCUCACCCCAGAACGGAUUGUUAAUGCUCUUGAGGAUACUCGUAAUAAUAGGUUAAAGUCCAUGCUCAAGUCGUUGUUUAAGAGGCAGAAGCUGGCACGUUUCGUGGUUGACGAGGCUCACUGUGUUCCUCAAUGGGGACAUGAAUUUCGUUCGCAUUACCUCAAGUUGUGCAUUUUGAAAUCACUAUUUCCAACAGUGAGCAUAGUUGCUUUAACUGCCACAGCGACCCCUCAAACUAGAUUAGAGAUCAAAAAUUUGCUUAACCUACAUAAUCCGUGCGAGAUUUUUAUUUCAAUUUUUCUUGUCAAUACGACUCGUGACAAUUUGAAAUUCAUAAUUCUCCACAAGACUUCAAAGAAAGGCGCUAUCGCAGAUAUAAUCAACAAGUUGGAAAAGGGCUUUGCCCAGCAAAGCGGCAUAAUAUAUUGUUUCUCCAGGGACGAUUGUGAACUUCUUGCGAGCCAACUCGUCGACGUUGGCAUACCGGCCGACUUUUACCAUUCGAAAUUAUCAGAGGUCGGCAAAACCCAAGCGUACUUCAAAUGGAUGGAAGGUGUAACUCUGGUGAUGUGUGUCACCUUAUCUUUUGGCAUGGGCAUUGACAAAAGAAAUGUCCGUUUUGUGAUUCGGGUCAUUCCAUCCAAACUCGAAUUUUUUCGUCGCGGAAAAAAAUAG